AUGAGUCGGCAAUUCAGCUCCAGAUCAUAUACAACAGGUGGAAGGAGAGGAUACUCUGUUUCUGGCAGUGGCUUCAGAGUGAGCAACAGCUCGAGUUCCAUGGUUCCAGUUGGAGGAGUGGGAGCUUUCAGUGGCGGCUUUGGCAGCAGAAGUCUCUACAACCUUGGCGGAAGCAAGAGGCUAUCCUUUGGCCUAGUUUCUGGUGGUGGCGGAGGAGGCAGUCACUUUGGAGCAGGUUUUGGUGGAAGAGCCUUGGGUGGGGGUUUAGGGUUCAGCAGUGUUAGUGCAGGUUAUGGAGGUUAUGGUGGUGGCGUAGGCUAUGGUGGUGGGGUAGGCUAUGGUGGUGGUCCAGGCUUUGGUGGCGGUGUUGCCCAUGGCAGUCAUAUUGGAGGCUUUGGUGGUGGUGGUGGUGGAUGUGCCAUUUCAGGCCCUGGGCUCUGUCCAGCACCAGGUCGUAUCCAUAAUGUUAUUGUUAACAAGAGUCUACUGGCUCCUCUGCACACGGAGGUGGAUCCUGAGAUCCAGAGGGUGCGGGUGCAAGAGAGAGAACAGAUCAAGACCCUCAACAACAAAUUUGCCUCCUUCAUUGACAAGGUGAGAUUCCUUGAGCAACAGAACAAAGUGCUGGAGACAAAAUGGGACUUGCUCUACCAGCAGGGCUCUCCAGCCCUGAGGGACAAUCUUGAGCCCCUUUAUGAGGCUUACAUUGACAAUCUCCGAAGGCAGCUGGAAAGCCUUGUCAGUGAUAAAAACCAUUUGGACAUUGAACUGAAGAACACACAAGAGCUUGUGGACGAUUUUAAGAACAAAUAUGAGGAUGAAAUUAACAAACGCACAGCUAGUGAGAACGACUUUGUGGUCCUCAAAAAGGAUGUGGAUGGCUCCUACAUGCAUAAGGUGGAUCUGGGAUCCAAGGCAGAUUCCUUAAUGCAGCACAUUCAGUUCUUAAGAGCACUAUUUGAAGUGGAACUAGCCCAAGUACAUGAACAGGUCAAAGAGACCAAUGUCGUCCUGCAAAUGGACAACAAUAGAGAUCUGGAUCUGAACAGCAUCAUCUCUGAAGUCAAAGCUCAAUAUGAAGACAUUGCCAAUAGGAGCCGAGCUGAGGCAGAGGCUUGGUACCAAAGCAAGUUCCAGGAACUCCAAACGACAGCUUUCAAACAUGGUGAUGAAUUGAAAUCCACCAAAGAUGAAAUUGCAGAUUUAAGCAGGAAUGCCCAGAGACUUCGCUCUGAAAUUGAAAUUGUGAAGAAAGCAAUCAAUAGCUUGCAGUCUUCCAUAGCAGAAUCUGAGCAGCGUGGAGAGCUGGCCCUCAAAGAUGCUCGGACAAAACUCCUAGAUCUGCAGACUGCCCUCCAGACUGCAAAGGACAAACUGGCUUGCCUAUUGCGCGAUUACCAGGAACUGAUGAAUGUGAAGCUGUCCUUGGAUAUUGAGAUUGCCACCUACAGGACACUGCUGGAGGGAGAAGAGUGCAGGAUGUCUGGAGAGUUGCAGACCCCUGUCAACAUCUCUGUGAUUAGCAGUUCCAGCACCAUCAGUGGUGGUGGUGGAGGAGGAGGAGCAGGAGGAUACGGAGGGGGAAGCGGAAUGAGUGUUGGAGCUGGAGGUGGAAGUGGAUUCGGCAUUGGCAGUGGAAGUAGAUACAGCACUGGAGGUGGAUACAGCGUUGGAGGCGGAACCGGAGUGAGCCUUGGCGGGGGAGGUGGUGGUGGACACGGCCACAUCAGUGUCGGAGGAGGAAGAGUGAGCCGAUUUAGUAGCGGAGGCAGCCUCAGUGGUUCUGGGAGCAUCACUGGCAGUGGAUAUAACUACGGAGGCGGCAGCUCAAGUGUGAAGAUCGUAUCAUCCACAAGCAAGAGAAUAAGCAGCUAA